CUUCCGCUGGAACAAAACUGCUGCUUUCAUAAACACUGGUGGACGGAAUUUGUGCAAAAAUUUGAUUAUAAAGAAACUUUAAACAUUUCUACCCUAUUCAAGCGAUUCCAUUUAAAACGCAAAGAUCCAGCCAUGAUAAAGCAACCGAUCCUUGCCGAGCUUCAGUACUUCGUGAAAAGUGUGUCCCUGCUGUACAAGGGAGUUCCGCUGAAGGAUACGGGUGCACUGGUAAAAUGUGCCCUACACCUGCUGGAGGAUCUUCCCUCGACGAGAGAUGCGGUGUUUGAUUAUUUCACGCUCGUGUUCAACAAUGCCGUUAAAGUGUACAUGCUUAGUGCUGAGAAAAACCUUCCCGAUCCCUCGGUAGACGAUGAAGCGGUGCAGGAAAUACACGAAGCCCUCGAGCGACUGGUAACGGUCGGCCCAACCGCCUGGUGUCCCGUGAUAUCGUCCUGGUGCUUGAAGCUCCUCGGCGAGGUGUGCAAAAAGCACUGCCGUCGCCGACCACCGGACAUUCGCGGAGCGUGCAACCUAUGGCUGGGCUGUAGUGCCAUCCGCUACCUGCUCAGCCUCAGUGCGCUGUGCUUUGAGAAGCUGGACCAGCGCGAAAUGGACGAGUGCAUCAACGAGAUGCUAGUGAUCUACGGUACGCACACACCGUUCUUCGACUGGGUGGUGGCCCGACUGGGCGGUUGCUUUCCGCUCCGGGUAAUGUCGAGCAUGCUGUCGAUGGGAGUGGCCCGCUUUAACGGUGACUUCGAUCAGCCGUCCGAGUCGGAGGUGGAGGUGCUAAGUUAUCUCGGGCUGGCGCACGAAAGUGAUUUGCGGAAAGCUCUGAAAUCGACGCUAGAACACGUCGCCUCGUACAAGCAACCGAUACCAUAUCUACUAAUGCUAGCCAAAGCUUCCGAAACGAUCUCGCAAGCGCUGGUGGCCGUAUUUCUGGAGCUUCAUGACGAAAAUCGGUUACCAACCCUUACGGUGCUGCCGAAAAACUGGCCCGCCAAUAUUGGCCUCCCCUACGUGCUGCACACCGUGGCCAGCCUACUGCUAAAGAUGAAAAAGCACGCCAUCCGGGUGACGCUGAUACUUGCGAAAAUGUCCACCCAGCACGGCUGGUGCCAGGAGCUGCUGGAAAUGAUGUUCAUCGAGCUGGAAACGCUCGUGCUGGACAAGCAUACCGCGGCCCUGCUCGAGGACAUCAUACGCGACGGAAUGCGAGAAAUGCUGUGGAACAGCUGUACCUCCGACGUUCCCUACCUGCAGCAAGUCGCUGUACGAUUAAUUCUACUGGCCAGCUUCAAAUCCAACUCCGUGUUUCACCAAACAAUCGUUUAUCUUCUGUCGGUGAGCGAACCGGCACUGGCUGCCAGCACCAAACCGCACCUAAAUGCGCUCGUGCGUGUGCUGGGCGGUCCGCACGGCACGGUGGACGUGCCGAAGGUAAAGCCCGCGUUCGAAACGGCCUUCGAAAAGAUACUGAUCAGUCCGUGCAAGCGGGUAGAGUGUUGGAACAUUCUGCACAACCUGGUGGAACUGUUGAAGCUGGAACGCACGGCCAUCCUCGGCAGCACGCUGCGCAAAGUGAACUGCACCGGCAUGAUGCACGAGCUGCUCGAUCGGGUGCUAAAGAUAUGGGAAAAUUUCAUGAGCCGAGAAAGGCAGGACGACACGCAAGGAGGUGGGUGUACCGUGAGGACGACGCAGGAAGUGCAGGAAAACACGAACGAACCGGGCAAAAGAGUAAAAAACGAACGACCGGAACCUAUGGAAACGGAUGAGCAGUACUGGCUGGGCACUGGCAGCCGAACAGUAACGUACAAAGACCUCAUCCACGAAACGGUAAGACUGAUCGAGUGUAUGGAUCUCGGCAAGAGCGUAACGAUCGGAACCGCCCAAACGCUGAAGCUGUCCCAGCUGCUGGUGAAAUAUUUUUUCUACUGCCUUAAGCUGUCCACCGCCGGCACGAGCGUUCCGUCCGGCACCGUACCGGAAUCGCUCGAUGAAUCGCUGAACCGGGUGUACAGCCUACUGUCCAAGCACUGCGGCCACCGGAAAGCCGCCCGCACCGCUGCCCUGCGCGAGCUGCUCGAGGGGGCACUGUUCCUGUACGGCGAUCUGUUUGGUUCGCAGGCGGAAUCGCAAGCGUACAGCUUCGACAAGCCGGACGAUCUGCUGAUACGGCUCAACCAGAAGCAGGGCAUCGCGCUCAACGCCUCCCGGGCGACGGUGCUGCACGCGGGCAUCAUCGGCCAGGGGCCGAAAAUACCGAGCAAAAAGGCGGUCGGGCCGGCGUCCGAUAUGCAGAACCAUCUGCUGAACGCGAUCGUCGCCUGCUGCCAGGACGUGAACGACCACCAGGCCACGAUCGAUGGGUUUAGCUACGUGUCGCUGCUGCUGGUGGAGAUGAUUUCGCCGGACGUGAUGUACAACGGGCUGCCGUGGCCGGAGGAGGACUUCAUACGCGUCACGAUGGAGCGCGACCUGCAGAUACAGCGCACCUUUCGGCAUUCGCCGAUCCUCUGGUCGAUUCUGGGCCUGGUAGCGUGCUACCGGCCAUCGCUCUGCUACUGCUCGGUGUUGCUCCGAGCGCUCUGCGCUUCCGCCCUGCACCAGUGGCGCUCGAAGACGGCGGAAACGCUGAACGGCCAGAAGACGGACCUGCUGUACAUGACGACGAAGCUGCUCGAGCUGAUGGCACUGGCCCAGCUGCUACCGCCACCGCUUAGCUAUCUGCACAUUGUGCUGGAGUACUUCGACGGACCGGAGAUCGCUUACGUGCUGAAGGAAUGCGUGUGGAACUACAUGAAGGAUCAUGUCCCCUCGCCCGUGCUGUUUGUGUGCGAUCCGACCGGGUUCCAUUGGCGCGAUCCGCUGACGUCGCGACCACCGCUCCAGUACACCAACCCGCUGCGCAACACCAUGCAAAAGAAGCUCACCAAGGUGGGCCAUCUGUACCAUCAGAUGUUUGUGGGGCCGGAACUGCGCAAUCCCAGUGCCAGUAACAGCGGCCAACCAACGCAGCAACCGCUGGUGCAGGGGUACAUAGUGGGCGGAAGUGGCGCUGGAGACCAGGGACCAAAAGCGGGACCGAGCGGGGGCUUUGCUGCGCAUGCAUUAGGACCGGGACAGGAACCGCUGUAACAGUAGGAAGGUUUCAAUCGAGCAAUGCAGAUGAAAAAGUACAAUUAAAAUGGAACAAUUCUUAACUAG